GUCGACGACACUCUUCUCAGCUAUUCAAUCGUCUUGCCUGUGGAUGUUUUGUCAAGAUCCCGCUCGAUCUCAGGAUCUGAGCCAUUUCUUCAGCUCAGAAUCCUGUAUCCUUCCUCACCAUCUCAUCGUACCUCUCUUCAGUACACACAAUGCACGACUGAAUCAUUCUAAAAUCUGAGUUUAAAUUGUCAUGCUCUCGUCUUGGCCGUUCAUGCUAUUCUGUCAAGUCAAUAAUUUGGUCUCUUCACAGUUCUUAUGAGCCUUCAAGAUGUCAAAUGAUGUAUCAUAUGCACCUAAAGACCAAGCGAGCAUUGAUGACCAGGCUCAAUCGGAUCCAACAUCUCGAAGGAAACCUCGACACAAUGCUGCAACUGGUGCCUCUGCUGCUGGUAUUCGUGCCUUGAGUGCGCAGUUUGUUGCAUUCUAUUUCAGAGCACCUAUCAAAGCUUUUUUUCGCACCCGAGUUGACUAUAUGGCAUUUGCCAGGGCUGUCAACCCCCACUCAACGAAAUCUGGCUGGUCCCUGCAUACGACUACACCAGGCCUUCUGAUGCAUGCUGUUCGUACGUAUGGAUGGCGAUUCAUCCCCAAUCAAAUCAUGCCUCCUUUAUUAGCCAAUGCCGGAAUUGGUGCCAUACUAUAUACGUCAUACCUUCAAGUUCUCGGAACUUUCAACGAAUCUGUCUCGAAAGGCGUCAAAUGUAUAUACCCUCCUCCUUCACCUUCAAACACGUUCGCAGCAGGGUUCAUAGCUGGGACAAUUCAGUCCAUAGUAGCUGCUCCUCUCGAUGCUCUCCAAGUCCGUCUACGAACAAACGAUCUGCUUGAGGGACAAUACCGGAGUAUGUGGCAUUAUGGCCGUCAAAAGCUUACCCAGAUUGGGGCCCGGGGUAUUUUCGCAGGCUGGAGCCUUUCUUUCUUGCGUGAUUCUCUCGGCUACGCUUUUUUCUUCACGUCGUUCGAGUUCAUAAAAUCACAGGCGUAUUACUCGUUCGUCACAUGGUACUAUGGCUCUUCGCGCACUCAUGGUGCCCAUGUUUUACAAGCUUCCCAGUCUAGUGACCGGGGUGUCCCGCUCAUUAGACCUCAUUAUGCAUUGGAGCCGUGUUUUCUUAUGGCUGCGGGUAUUAUAGCUUCAGUGUCUCAACAGGCCAUACAACGCCCGCUAUCUAUUAUCCAAAGUAUUCAUGUUACUCGCCUGGAGUACCUUGAUCACCAAGCCAGUUUCUCUCCACCAAGGCGACAGAUGAUACUUCUUUAUUAUCAUGCCUAUCAGGAAACUUUCAAACGAUGCAAGCGAAAGGCGUCCAGGGCCGGAGGCUGGGGACAGUGGCUAUUUCGCGGAUUUGCCAGAGAUGCUAUUCGUCAGGUACCCAGCACCAGUGCGGGACUUGUGAUCUUUGAAUUGGUGCGUCGUAAAUAUGCCUAUAUGUCAGACACUGUAUAUAUUGAGAGGGAGGGGUUUAACAUUUUGCUGGCCUGAGAACAUAUAUAGAUGUAUAUUCCCCAUACAUAAUUAACUCGGU